ACGUACACAUUUUAUUUGCCGUAAAAUCGCGCAGGCGCGGUGAACCUGUGGCUUCUGCUGCACUACAGGGCUGGCGCAUCGGGCUAGCUAGCUGAUCAUUUAAGAUGGAUGUGUUCUUAAUGAUCCGGCGUCACAAGACCACCAUCUUCACAGAUGCCAAGGAGUCCACCACAGUCUAUGAAUUAAAGCGUAUAGUCGAGGGAAUUCUAAAGAGACCGCCCGAGGACCAGCGGCUCUACAAAGACGAGCAGUUGCUAGAAGACAGCAAAACUCUGGGAGACAGCGGAUUCACCAACCAGACUGCCAGACCACAGGCACCGGCUACAGUUGGUCUGGCUUUUCGAGUCAGUGAUGAGAUGUUCGAGCAGCUGCACAUCGAGGCCUUCUCCAGCCCCCCAGAGCUCCCCGAUGUGAUGAAGCCUCAGGACUCCGGUAGCACUGCCAAUGAACAAGCCGUGCAGUGAUGCACGCCCCCUCCGCCAUGCGACGCGACUGUGGAAGUAGUGUGUGGGUGGGGGGUGUUUGGAUUAACUGCAGUGAAGAAGUCGUGGGUUGGAGGAUAUGUAGUGUCAUUUCAGUUGAUGAACAGGGACGUUGUGGGUAACCGCGCCCGUCCAUGUUAUCUUCAUGCUAUCAUCGCAGCACCCUCCCCCCUCCCCCAAUUGGCUUCACGUGUCAGGUUUUUAGGUAAAUAUGAUUUCUGCUUGGGCUCUGCUCCUUGGUUUGGAGAAUGUGUGCGUGUGUGUGUGACUUAUUCUAAUUAUUUUCAUGAAUAUUUUUGGAAAAAGUGAAAGUGUACUAGUCCUUUUUAGAAGUAACCUGCAUGGGUAAGGAGUGUGGUGUGUAAACGGGCAAACUGCAUGACCCGAGGGCUUGAUCUUCACACAAACGAAUGAACACGUCCUAGUUUCCUUACAUCAUGUCUUCCAGUUAUGUUCAUCUGGUUUCUUGUGUCCCACCAGGAAAUUAAUUUUGUCGAAGUUAUGGUCAUGUUUUGUUUUGUGCACGUGUUGUCACUUGUGUCUCUUCUUUGUACAUUUCCUGAGACCAAAGGCCAUACACCAGAGAAAAGUUCUUUUCAGAGAUUUUUUUGUUGGGUUUUUUUUGCCACAAACUUCUGGAAAUUAUUUCGUCACAUCAUCCUUUUUCAGCACCUUUCCCCACAAAAAUACCCUGUAACUGUGAGCUUGCUUAAUUAAAGGUUUUCCAUUUUUUUUUUUUUUUUAUA